AUGGAAGGGUCACAAACCCUGCACGAUUUCAAGAUCCCAUUAACCUCAAGAAAGGACCGAAAAACGCUUUGGACCCCCGCCAUCUCACACCGAACCCAGUCGUACCCAGGAACACCUGGAACGAGGUCCGCUGGCAGCGCCACCUCCUUCUUUUUCCCGGCGGCAGCCGUUCCGGAGGAGCUGGUUAGGUUGAGGAACCGAGUUCAGCCUCUGAAGGACGAGAACAAGGUCCUAAAGGAGGAGAAUAAGGUGCUGAGUGCCGCCCUUGGCGAGGCAAAGAUGCAGGGUGCCGAGCUUCAAUCAGCGAAGGCAGAUCUCGCCAGGGUGCAGAAAUCGUUGGGGAUUGCCCUGUGCUCCAACGAGAAUUAUGCUUCUCAGGUGGGCGAGCUGCAAGGGCUCGUCGCGUCGUCCCGAGGUCGGGUGCGGAGCUUGGAAGAUGAGGUGACGUCUUCCCGGAGCUGGGUUCGCUCUUUAGAGGACGAGGUGACCUUUCUGAGGGGCGAGCUUGUGGUGGCGGUUGAGGAGCGUCUCUGCGAUGAGGUCAUUCUCGGUGGCAGGGAAGAGGAGAUCGCCGCCCUGAGAACAGACCUCGCGAAGUUGGAGGCGGAGAGGGCGGCGCUGGGGAAUAAGCUUGAGGAGACCGAGCGCUCGAUUCUGAUUGAGCAUAAGCGGGGUUUCCUCAAGGCGGCUCGCCAGGCCAGGCUCCUCGCGCCAGGAUCUGACUUUUCUGCCAUGCAUGUGGAGAAAGUCAUCCGCUUCGGGAAGCUUGUCAAGGAAGACGAUGUCGAGGAAAGCUCCAGCGAGAAUGCCUUUGUCAUAAGUGGUACACAACAGGAGGAGCUGGUUAGGUUGAGGAACCGAGUUCAGCCUCUGAAGGACGAGAACAAGGUCCUAAAGGAGGAGAAUAAGGUGCUGAGUGCCGCCCUUGGCGAGGCAAAGAUGCAGGGUGCCGAGCUUCAAUCAGCGAAGGCAGAUCUCGCCAGGGUGCAGAAAUCGUUGGGGAUUGCCCUGUGCUCCAACGAGAAUUAUGCUUCUCAGGUGGGCGAGCUGCAAGGGCUCGUCGCGUCGUCCCGAGGUCGGGUGCGGAGCUUGGAAGAUGAGGUGACGUCUUCCCGGAGCUGGGUUCGCUCUUUAGAGGACGAGGUGACCUUUCUGAGGGGCGAGCUUGUGGUGGCGGUUGAGGAGCGUCUCUGCGAUGAGGUCAUUCUCGGUGGCAGGGAAGAGGAGAUCGCCGCCCUGAGAACAGACCUCGCGAAGUUGGAGGCGGAGAGGGCGGCGCUGGGGAAUAAGCUUGAGGAGACCGAGCGCUCGAUUCUGAUUGAGCAUAAGCGGGGUUUCCUCAAGGCGGCUCGCCAGGCCAGGCUCCUCGCGCCAGGAUCUGACUUUUCUGCCAUGCAUGUGGAGAAAGUCAUCCGCUUCGGGAAGCUUGUCAAGGAAGACGAUGUCGAGGAAAGCUCCAGCGAGAAUGCCUUUGUGUAG